CGGCUGCUUGUUCCCUUCUGAGCAGGACUUGGGCGGGUGGCCUUACAGGAAGAGAGAAGAGAGGCAGCUGCUUGCAUUGUGAUGGAUGAAGAAGGCCCUCCAGAGGAACUCUACCCAGAGGGGAGCCUGUGCCAGUAUGCUCAGAAAAUCACAGCCUGCUUCGGAGGAUUGGUGGCUCACCCCCAGGACCCUCACCACCCUUCUGAGAAGCCCGCCAUUCACUGCCACAAAUGUGGGGAGCCUUGCAAGGGUGAAGUGCUCCGGGUGCAGACCAAACAUUUCCACAUCAAAUGCUUCACCUGCAAAGUGUGCGGCUGCGACCUGGCGCAGGGAGGCUUCUUCAUCAAGAACGGGGAGUACUUGUGCACCCUAGACUACCAGCGGAUGUACGGGACACGCUGCCACGGCUGCGGGGAGUUCGUGGAGGGUGAGGUGGUGACUGCCUUGGGCAAGACCUACCACCCCAACUGCUUUGCUUGUACCAUCUGCAAGCGCCCGUUUCCACCUGGAGACCGAGUCACGUUCAAUGGGAGAGACUGCCUGUGUCAGCUCUGUGCACAGCCGAUGGCCUCCAGCCCCAGGGAAGCCUCCUGCUCCAGCAACUGUGCUGGCUGUGGAAGGGACAUCAAGAACGGGCAGGCCCUGCUGGCGCUGGAGAAGCAGUGGCACUUGGGAUGCUUUAAAUGCAAGGCCUGCGGGAAGGUCCUCACCGGGGAGUACAUCAGCAAGGAUGGUGCUCCGUACUGUGAAAAGGACUACCAGGGGCUCUUCGGCGUGAAGUGUGAAGCCUGCCACCAGUUCAUCACAGGGAAGGUCCUGGAGGCAGGUGACAAACAUUACCACCCCAGCUGUGCACGAUGCAGCAGAUGCAACCAGAUGUUCACAGAAGGAGAGGAAAUGUAUCUUCAAGGCUCCACCGUUUGGCACCCCGACUGUAAGCAAUCUACCAAGACUGAGGAAAAGCUCCGGCCGACCAGGACGUCCUCCGAGAGCAUUUAUUCCAGACCAGGCUCCAGCAUCCCCGGCUCCCCCGGUCACACCAUCUAUGCAAAAGUGGACAAUGAAAUCCUGGAUUACAAGGAUUUAGCAGCCAUUCCCAAGGUCAAGGCAAUUUAUGAUAUUGAACGUCCCGAUCUUAUUACCUAUGAACCUUUCUACUCUUCGGGCUACGAUGACAAACAGGACAGGCAGAGCCUGGGAGAGUCUCCAAGGACUUUGUCUCCUACUCCAUCCGCAGAAGGCUACCAGGAUGUUCGUGACCGGAUGAUCCACCGGUCCCCGAGCCAGGGCUCCAUCAACUCCCCGGUGUACAGCCGCCACAGUUACACUCCAACCACCUCUCGGUCGCCCCAGCAUUUUCACAGACCCGGCAAUGAGCCGUCCAGCGGCCGGAACUCCCCUCUCCCUUACCGGCCAGACAGCCGCCCUCUCACUCCAACUUACGCUCAGGCCCCUAAACAUUUCCAUGUUCCAGAUCAAGGGAUCAACAUUUACCGAAAACCACCCAUCUACAAACAGCAUGCUGCUUUGGCAGCCCAGAGCAAAUCUUCAGAAGACAUCAUCAAGUUUUCCAAGUUCCCAGCAGCCCAGGCUCCAGACCCCAGCGAGGUACCAAAGAUUGAGACGGACCACUGGCCCGGGCCCCCCUCACUUGCUGCCGUAGGAGCUGACAUGAGACGCAGAUCUAGUGGCAGAGAGGAAGAUGAUGAGGAGCUUCUGAGACGCCGGCAGCUUCAAGAAGAGCAAUUAAUGAAGCUCAAUUCAGGCCUGGGACAGCUGAUAUUAAAAGAAGAAAUGGAGAAGGAGAAGGAGAGCCGGGAGAGGUCAUCCCUGUCAGCUGGUCGCUACGAUUCUCCCAUCAACUCAGCUUCACAUGUUCUAUCAUCUAAAACCGCUUCUCUCCCAGGCUAUGGAAGAAACGGACUUCACCGGCCUGUUUCUACAGACUUCGCUCAGUACAACAGCUACGGGGACGUCAGCGGGGGCGUACGAGACUACCAGACCCUCCCAGAUGGCCACCUCCCGGGAACGAGAAUGGACAGGGGUGUGUCCAUGCCCAACAUGCUGGAACCGAAGGUAUUUCCAUAUGAAAUGCUCAUGGUGACCAACAGAGGGCGCAACAAGAUCCUAAGAGAUGUGGACAGAACCAGACUGGAGCGCCACUUAGCCCCAGAAGUUUUUCAGGAAAUCUUUGGAAUGUCUAUACAGGAAUUUGACAAGUUACCUCUUUGGAGACGCAAUGACAUGAAGAAAAGAGCAAAACUCUUCUAAAUCCUGCGCAUAGUCAGCAAUUAGAGAAAGGACCGACCAUGGCAGUGACACACAGGAUGUUGUAUUAAAUCCCAAAGUUGAUUGGAGAAUUUGCAGACUACUGUCUGCAGCAAGGAAAACAAAAAAAAAAAAGGGAAAAUCUCAUUAACACACCCAUGAGCCAAAUAUCAGGCCAUCCGAUGGGCAGCACUCGCCAAGAAGCAAUGGGGUAGAAAUUUCUACAUCCCCACACUGGACAGUAGUGUUCACACGUGACCUUUUUACAUCACCUUAUGUACACAGCAGGAGCACCUUCUCUGGUUUUCCUUUAACUGUCGUCCAAGCAUAGCGCGAACUGUAUGGAUCAGAGCCAGCAAGUGCCCUUAGGAUGCCGCAUGGAGAAACACAGUGGUCGCGAUCCCCAAGUCUGAGCACCUAGACUCGUGCAGCUCUGUGGCUGAGAGGCGCACGCCCAGGGCCGCCUCCACGGGGCGGCAGUCUGGCGCAGUCUUCCUCUCCCGGCCUUACGCCGCUCGGCCCAAGCUCCCACAGGAUGAAAGCAAGUCGGGGACCCCAGCAACUUUGCUCGAGUGGUCUGAAGAGCAGCCAGAGUCAUUUUGUCUAAGCCCCUAGUUCUCCAUUUGUCUGAUAGGACCUGGAUGGCAAAUUACUUAGCUAAUGGUAAAAAAAAAAAUUUUUUGGAAACAAAGAGAAGGGAAAAGAAUGAACAGAAACCUUCCUCCCACCCCCGUGAUCCAACCCUCCCUCCCGCCCCCCAGUUCUUUUUCUGCUUCAUAUAGUGCGCUUGGUUCUUCUCCCACCAAAGAUAGGGGGCCAUCUUAGGCUCACUUUGCAAAGAAAGGAAGGAGGGAACCAUGGCUCAGGCUGGCCUGGCCUCUGCUGUUCGACGACCUUUGCCCAGUGCCAGAGCACUCUGAGGAGGAAUAAAGUUCCGUGUCCUUCCAGUACAAGUUCUUCCACUUGCAUCCUCUGCUCUGUCUGGAGUCCCCUGAACCUCAUCUUAUGAGCUCAUGCUGAUUUGAGUUUACUUUCCAGGUCUUUUCAGUGAUAGGCUAAGGAAGAGCAUGCUUUUCUCUUUUAAGUCUCUGCAUCUCCCAGGUGGAUUGCCUCAAAAUGAAUUUGUCCUUUUAAGCUUCCCUUCUUGCCUGGCACUGUCGACUUCUUGGCGUGCAUGCGUGCGUGCGUGUAUGUAGGUAUGUGAGUACAUAAUCACCCAAAGUAUUUUUGUAAAGUCCAUCUUUGUUCUUUAAUUUCAGUUCUGUUUGAAUGUGUUGCCGCUUCCAAGGACAUUUCCACAAGUGUUUGUCUCAGGUCAAGGGUGAAGCCAGACUGUACCUCCACACCUCAUGCUCCUUUGGACGGGAGUUAGGAAGAAGCCAGCACCCUCCACACCUCACCUAGCGUCAGGCUGGGAGUGAAUGCAGGUCAUCUCACCAGGUCCUCAAACAGCCCCACAGGUCACACCAGGGCCCCGGGCUUCACCCCCACAUGGGUUUAAGACCUCAUGGCAGUUCCUGCCAGCUUCUCAGACAGGUCGUGGUCAGCUGAGGGACCCCACGCGUGGGAGGUUCUCAGCUUUAGGACUCCAGUUAGGAAUGGGAACCUGGUUUGAAAGCCAAGGGAGAGAGCAUCUGAAUUCACCUGCCUAUGGCAUUGAUAGGAAAGCUGUUCCUGCCGGCACUGAGCAUCAAGCUUGGUGGGAUCGGACACCAGGGGAAAAGCGGGUGGGUCGUUUCAGCAGCCGCCUGACUCAAGCCCUAGGCAGCAGUGCUGGAGAUUGCUCCACAGCCUUGUCCUGCGCUCUUGCCUGGGCAGUCCAAAUCCCCUGUCCUUUCAGUGCUGAGAACUGAGUGUGAGUGUGGGUGGGUGGUGGUGGUGACCUGUGUUCACUCGUUGCAGCCCGUUUCCCCCAGGUCCCACCCUCUCCCCUUCCCUGUGGCCUCCCCUGCGGCAGCAGCCCCGGGUGGCACUGUGUCCUUGCCCUGCCCUGAUGAGGUGUGAGGGGAGGGAGGGGGUGCAGUGUGCAUCCCUGUCUUGAGAACCAGGCUGGCCAAGUGGACUGCAGUGUCUGCCGGCUGAGAGUCGCGUUUCCUUAUAACCAGUGGUUUUCGUUGGUUAGUGAAUGUUGACCCAGGUCCUGUAGAUCAAUUGUCAGUGUGAGAAAAAUUGCAAUAAUUGCUAAAGAACAGAACCCCAAGUCCCCCCCAGUGAAGCUCUACUUUUUCUUGUAGCUUCUGCCUUCAGUUUAGCAUCCAACUUGGGGAAGUGGCUUCUUUACCUAUCAAGUGUAGGGACUUGAUUUGAAUGGCACUGUAGAAAUACAUAGCCAGAAUUGCCACAGCCUUCUGUCUGCAAGCAGAGCAGUGCUGAGCUACUUCUAGUGACGGGACUCGGAACCCGUCACACUGAGCAGGUGCCCCCACUCCACACCCCAGCAGAAGGUGGGCCCACCGCCAGGGCCAGUGUUUGGGCUGCAGUGCCCUGUCUGUUUGGUUAAACAGACACAGCAUGCUCACCCCUAAAAUGCCCAGGCCACGGACCAGAGGAUGGAUGUUGUCUGCAUGGACCCCACCCAGCACUCCAUGUAACAAUCCUAGUUACUCCUGGUGCCCCUGUCAAGGGCUGCACUCUGAGUGUCGGGUCACUCGAGAGUCACUGAUUGCGUUAGGUGAAAGAGGUCCCCGCAAGAAUAGGAAAGGCAGUGCUUCCUUCAAACACUUUUCUUCCAGAAAAAACCAAGAUACCCCGUGGUCUUCCCAUGUGAUUUAGGAUGACACAGCAGGCGUUUGGGAAGGUGGACAGCCAGCUGGGCAUUCACAGCUUGGUCUGUGUGAGCGAUACGAUCUCGCGUGACCCCCUCACUCACUAAAUUUAACUGCUGGUCUUGGAAGCCGUGAACAGAGAAGUGCAGAAAGGUCAUUUUUAUGUGUCCUCUCUAGUGUCUGCUGCUCCCCAUUGUCUCCGUUCUGUUACCACCUCCUCUCCCCAGGGCAACCCUUUUCACCAGCUCUGGUCUUCUCCGUUUUGUUAACCUACCGGAGAAGUCUCGCUAGAAAAUGUUUAUAAAACUUUCCCCUAAUUUCUUUACACUUUGAGGCAAAUACCUUUUUCUAAAAAGUUGCUUCUCAAAUGAUUAUAGAAGAAUAUAUUCGCUUUUGCAAGUUGUAACACUCAACCAUUUUUGACUAGCACCGUCUUUCUAGAAACUUUAAAGCUAACUCAGUGUGAGUGAUCUGUGUUUGAGGGGCAGGCCGCCCCACGGCUGUGGGUCCCCAGAGCCCAUUUCCCCAUCAGGAAGGACAGUGGAGGGAAACAGUCCCUGCCAUCUGCUCUUCCGUGUCCUCAGAAGCCAGCUCUCAUUUAUCCCUGGCCACUGUGGAAUCUGCUUCCUAGGCCAGGCUGAUUGUAGUUGACCAUUAAGAUUAUUUUCUUUUGACAAACCCAGUGUUUGUCAGUACACCCUAAAACUCACUCGUUAGUACUCCCUUUUGAAGAAUAUUCACUCCAGAAAAAGAGAUGAUUUCUUGCUUGAGAGUUGCAGUGACACCCCAUUUUAGUGAUGAUGUGUAUUAAGGGAAUGUCCCAAAUAUGUUGUAAUGAAAGAAAGAGAAACUUUGAUUUAAAAAAAAAAAAAAGUACUGUCUUUCCUGUCUUCCCAUUGUGGCCCAGGAAGCAGAGGGGGUUGGUGACUGAUGCUUUGCAAAUGGAUGUUUAUGUUCUUGUCUAGGCAAGUGUAAUGUAUGGCAACUGGGGUGGGGGGUGGGGGUCAGUUUAAGCUGAAAGAAACUAAACAGUCGAUGUGUACACAGCAAAAUGGAAAAAUGCAACAUUUUCUGAAGCUUGGUGUGAUUGAGUGGCGACAGUUAUCACUAAAUAAAAUUCUUCCCCGAGUGUCUUUCUGGACUGAAGAUACCCACAAGUCACUUCCUGAACCCGCCCACCAAAGCUAGAAGGAGAUGGUGUGUACCAACGCUGUACCCCAAGAUCCAGAACAAAACGAGCCACUUCAUAUUGUCCACGCAGAUGUUUCUUGAACCUACAGAAGAGAAAACAACCGUCUGCAAAAUUGGUGUUUUUGGGGGAUUUUAUGUGUAGACCAGUCCAGUAAUAAACGUGUGAUUUCCGUGCAUUGCCAACGAUCCUGCAGCCAAGCUCUCGUGGUUCUUUCAUUUCAAGUUGGGUUUACCGUCCUUCCUGGCCUCCCCCCUCAGAACUGUGAAAGCAGAUGUGGGAGAGCCGCUAUUUCGAAGAUGUGUCGUGCCCCCCGUGAAAGCGAGCAGGUGUCCGUCUGCACCCCGAGUGCCGCGCCGGCAUGCAGAGUCGGGUGGCCGGCUGGCCCGCUGGCUGUGUUGACCCUCGGCCCCCGCGCACACCCCGCUGCCGGCAGCACCCCUGUGCCUCUGCGCUGUGCCCGUGUCCCCCUGUACUCUCAACGUGAAUAAAGUGCGUGCUUUAUUCGUCA